CAGACUACGUCGAACCCUCUUCAUCCCUACCUUGGCCGUAUUCUCACAGAGCCGCUUCGCGUACCAAACCUCCAACGUAGAAGAUCGCCAAUCCCCGCCACACCUCCGGAGCUUCAGAACUUCACGUCGUCUCAAAAGCCGCGACGUUUCUCGGUGGGAAGGAUCUAGUCGUUGGACUGCUCAUGCAUUGACGCACGGGCUACCCUUGGCGAUUGACGCGAUCUGCGCACCAUCUACUGUUCCACGGCGCCCUCGAGCUGCCCUCCGCUCGUCGAAACACAGAAGAUGAGAGUGAGCGACCUCUAUUACUGGCAGAACAAAGACCCACUGGCCAACGCAUGGCACCCUGUCCCGGGAGCCAGCUCUGUCGCGCGCCUUGAUAACCUCGCGCUAUGGAUCAAGCGUCAGGACAUCGAGGCAGCUUGCGUGGAUAUCGCGCCCUUUAUUGUUGGCGUUGGUGGCGUGGCUUACCUUAGGCAGCUCAAUCAGUUCGGUCUCGAGGCGCGUGCAUCCAUAUUCCACAACGCAAAGACACUGACGGCAAUGCAUCGGACAACAUUGCUGGUGACGCCUCUAAUCCUAGCUUGUCAAGCAGCAGGCCUCGAGUACAGGAGAUUUAUCCCGCGGUGGGCUCACGACAGGGAACGCAGACGAGACGAGGAAGAAGUCCGUCAGCAUGUCGACUUUGGCAUGUACGCAGGGGCUGCAUGCUGGCUUGUGAGAUUGUACGGCUUACGGUGGGGUAAAUUGUACUGGUCUCCCAUAGAUCCGAUUCUGGGUGGUGCGUUGGCCGAUCUGGCGCAUAGGGAGUACAUUAAAGCGCACGGAUUUUGAGCAUUCUUGACGAUCAAGCGAUUGCUUACCAGUCGAUGAGAUGCUCGAGCCGCAAAUCCAUAGCGUAUGCAGCCUUGCAGGGAUGCGCUAGUGUGGUCCAAGAUGAGCCUCCAUGACCACGAGGUCAUGCGGCUC